UGAGCUUCCUUUCUGGGCUACCGGUUGAUUUUGCUUAAGGCGGUCGGGUAAGUCAAGAUGGCAGAGGUCGCGGGUGAGCGAGCCGUCGGCUUUUAAAGGCGUUGCCUAUGGCCCUGGCAAGGUCGCAGCGCCAGUCAAGGGCCUCCUCUGUGCUCGCCUCAGAUCUCCUCUGGCCGUCCUAUGGAGCCGGUCUUAGGCCCAAAGCAGCGCUGCCCACUCUUGUCUUUUCCGUCGCCUUUCGUGAGCGAUCAGGUCCUGGCCAGGAAGGGGAAGGGGGAGGAAACGUUUGGCGCCGUCCUCAACGAAAGGACCUGUACGAAUUGCUGGGAGUCCAAAGCAACGCCACUCAGGCCCAAAUUAAGACCGCUUACUACCGACAGUCCUUCCUCUACCACCCGGAUCGCAAUGCGGGCAGCGUGGAGGCGGCCGAUCGCUUCAUCCACAUCACUCAGGCCUACCAGGUGCUGGGCAGCCUCAGCCUGCGCAAGAAGUACGACCGUGGCCUCCUCACCCAGAAGGACAUUUCCAACGCCAAGAAGCCCUCGGGCAAAAGUAAAGCAGCAGCUUCUGCUGCUCAGACAGUGUACAAGAGGAAGCCGGUUUACACCUCUGGCCACCCUUCAGGCAAGCCCAUCUUCAACUUCGAUGAAUUCUACCGAGCCCAUUACGGCGAGCAGUUGGAACGGGAGCGCCUGAUGCGCCUAAAGCAGCAAGAAAUGCAGGAGCGCAAAAAGGCCAUGGAGGAGGACAAAUACAAAUUCCUUGAGAGUUUUCUCCUCGUGAUGUUUUUAUCCGGCGUCAUGCUCCUACUCAGACACCAGUGAAGAGAGGAGAAAGUUGUGCUGACUUUGCAUGCUGAUCUCUUGGGGAAGCUUUGGAAGCAGGAGAAACAGAAAAAACUGGCGAGACAUUUUGUGAACUUUCUGCUGCAGGACACUCAGCAGCUUUUGGGUUGUUACACCACCAGUCUCUUGCGGAAGUUGCAUCUAGCGCCCAAAGGACUUUACAGUUUUAGAAGGAUUUGAAACAGGCAUAGUUUUACAUAGUUAAUUGUCCAUGCUUAACAACCCCGGGAGAAGGGAUAUAGGUGCUUGCCCAUGAAAAAUAUUAUCGUCAGAUGCCACUUCUAAUAGCAUGAAAUUCUUCCUCUUCCUUUAAGUCAAGAGUGGAAGGAUUUGAGGGUGGGGGGGCUUUCCUUUUCACGGGUUGAAAACGUUGCUGGUUUUGUACAGGCAUAUUUAUACGAUUGUUGAGACUUGUCCUGGAUUUGGGCCCAAGGCUGCUGCAGAAUGUAAAAAUACAGAAAGAAAUUGGAACGUUAUGAACAAAUGUUUCAUUUUUGUUAAAGCAUUCAAAUAGAGGGACAGUUUCUGUACAGUUUGACUUCUGGUACUGAGAGCCAAUCAUGUCUUUAUCCUAAAUAUAAUUUAAUUGGAUAAACUGACCACUGUGGGCUUUUUGCAGAUUGUAUCGUAUAGCUGUACUGUGGUUUCCUUAUGUCUACAAAACGUUCAAACCACACACAAACAUAAAUUUAUACACACGCACUUUGUUUUAAAAUUUCAAAAGCACAAAGAUUGAUGAUACAUGUUAUUGAGCUAUCUUUAACUAUGACAUGUUUUACAUUAACAUUGGGGAUGACUUAGAAUAGUGUCCAAAAUGUGCUUUUUAAUUGAAGAUGAUGUUCUCUGCAGUAAUCUUUCUAGGGCUUCCCCUUCCCCCUCUAAAACUGCAUUUACACAGUAUUGUUUAAGCUGUUUUAUUUAUCAAUUUUCUUAACUGACCCCAACCCAAGCAAUUGUGUAAUUGAAUUCUCCCAUUUUCCCACACUGUAUUAAAUCAUUAACAAAUCAAACAAUGGGAUUGCAUAAUAGGAUCCCAGAAACCAGAACAUAAAAACAAGCCAAAUUUAGUAUAUUGUAC